AUGUAUCCAGAAUGCUUUCAAGCAACUGAACAUUUGAAAAAGAAAAAGUGUAAAUGUACACAAUGUAAGAAAAGAUCUGAUUUUGAACAGCUACUUCGAAUAGCUACUUCGAAAACACAUUUUACAUUUAAUAAUAAAUUAGAUAUUCAGCACAAUGGUGUUGCAAUGGGUGCUCCAUUAGCUCCAAUUAUAGCCGACGUCUUUAUGGCCAAUCUUGAAACAACAUUGAUGGAUCAAUUAAUUGAUGUAGGUGUUUGUGAAUGA